AUGGAGAAUGCUCUGUCUCCGGAGGCGUCGCGCGUGCUCGCUCGGUGGGCGCCUCAGGCUUCUAAACUCGCCCGGAGAAGCAAAGCUGCCGACUGCGGUCUGCCUUCUGCGCCUCGCACUGUUUCAGUGCCUCUUGGCAAGCAGCCUCUCGAUCUCCCACAAGAGCUGACCAGCAACCCUCAACUCCUGUCAAGUCUCCUCGGACGAGCGCGUUCGCGCUUGGGGCGAACUGUCGGGCGUUGCCUAGUUCUUCUUCCGUCCCCCGCGGCGGCUUUCCUCACCGCGGAAGAUCGCAAGGCGCUUCAGACGCGACUCGCUGGGACACUUCCCGCGGGGUCGACUGUCACUGCAUGCGAUCGAAACGAUGUCGAAAACCUCAUUGAGGAGUUCGAACGUUACUUUUUUCUGACUGAAGAUCUGCAGAGACUGGGUGUCCCAAGCAACCUGCGGAAAGUUGUUACGCUCUCCCCUGUACCACCCACCUAUGGUCGGAGAGAGGUUCGCGAUGUGCUCCGAGAGCACGCGCAGGUUGACGUGGACCAUCGGGAUAUCGUUUUCCGAUUCCGGAAGGAUGGCGUUCAAGGCGAUACCUGCUACGUCCUCUGUCGCACAGAACGCGAUGCUGGCGUCGUCCUCUCCAAGAUCCAAGAGACGGCUGUCCCCAAUCGCGUUCACUACGGCCAACUCUUUGGGUGUUCGUUUCUUUGGGCCAGCCGAUCGGCUCUCUUUCUCUGCGAUUCUCAACUCGAUUACCUCCCUGGGAGAAGCCCGUUCCAGGUGUUCACAACAGGGUGGGAAGGCGACGUGAGCGAGGAGGAGUUUGCAAACCUGGCUUACCAGCUUCGCCUCUUCCCGAAGGCGGUCCGAAAGUUUGCGCAUCCUGGCGGCGAGGACGUUAGUUCCUUCUUUCUGGAAUUUCAUCGCAUGCGAGAUGCGAAGUUGACGAUGGCGGACCUCCGAUUCGAGGACGACGCAAAGUUCGCCGACGAGGACUCCGCUGCAGACUCCGACUUGGAUGAACCAAUCGACUACUAG